CUGGCAUAGCCUAAUUUCCGCAUUCCCAAAUCCUCCCAGAUUGGGAUCACGUUUAAAAAUCGGGCUGAUGCAACGAUUCCCACUUUUUAAAAUCUACUCUCGACCCUUGGCAGACCAGAAGAAAAGACAUUUGUUACACCUGGGAUCAAAGUCAGCUGUGGUCACGACCGAGUCUGACACGAUGCCAGGACAAAUCCCAGAUCCCUCUGUGACAGCAGGCUCCCUGCCUAGUCUGGGCCCACUAGCUGGGAUCUCAGCCACCACGCUGACUGACAAACUCAAAUUUGGUGACCUCCAGGAGUUUGGAACUAUGCUGUCACCUCUGCACUUCUUGGACAGUCUGGGGAAGAGGCCCCUGGUCAUCAAGACUGAGAGAGAUGAAGAGGAAGAGAGGAGGAAACGAAGGCGAGAGAAAAACAAAGUGGCUGCAGCGCGAUGUCGAAACAAAAAGAAAGAGAGGACAGAUUAUCUACAAAAGGAAUCGGAGCGACUAGAAAUGUUAAACUCUGAUCUUAAAGCCCAGAUUGAGGAGCUGAAGCUUGAGCGACAGCAGCUGAUCCUCAUGCUUAACCGCCAUCGUCCCACGUGUAUUGUCAGGACAGACAGUGUCAAAACCCCGGAGAGCGAGGUGAACCCCUUGCUGCUGCAGCUGGAGGCCAAGUGAAGGCUCGAUGAGUUUCUACAGUUUACAGUGGACAAGAAGCAGCCAACAAGCAGCACUUAGCUUUGGGCCUCGGUGAUGGAGGAGAACCAGCCAAGCCCUCCUAUUCCCAGACACAGAGCAUUACACAACAAAAUGUGGAUCAAAUAAGAUUGGACACUGUAUUGGCUGUUAAAUCAAACUUAUUUCUUUGUCUCUCUCUUGCUUUCAUAUUUAGUUGUCAUUUUGGUCAUCAGAGCUUCUUUCAGUAUGAAGGUAAAAGUGUUAACAUAACACAGCUUUUGGGUAAACACCCUUACAUUUCUGGAUUUGUCGCACAGGUCUGUAUGGCUAGCUGUUGGCUAAAUGUAGACAAUAUUUCAACACCUUUCCAGUAGUCAGUUACAAAAAAAUUAAAAAACACAAGUGGAAAAUAACUUAGGAAAUUGAGCUCAGUAAAUUAAGUCGUUCCUU